UUGGACCAGCACUUGGUAUGGCAAUCAAAACUGCCUCCGGUUUUGAUGGGAAUUCCCCGGACGGAAAGUGGCUAGGGCAAGUGCUUAGGUGCCGUCCACUCCGUGUUUCUAGGUCGUCCACAUCGGAACGUAUUGACUGACUAUACGUAGCUAGAAUGGAGCGGUCCACCUUAACUGACUGAAAGAGCAGGAAGUCGCACUUCUCUCUGCUCUCCAGCAGGAAAACGGUAGAGGCGAGUGACUGGUGCGGUGUCAAAUUCCAUGACAGCAAUAGUACAACGGACCCAUUUAAGAAGUAGUUUUGAUAUUAUGCCUUAGUUCGAGUGCUAUUUCGUAAUAGACUCACUGUUCCUGCAAAGAAGAUUUAAAAAGUUGUUAUUGAGGAGAAAUGGCGGACGUCGAGGUUGAUGUUGACGACCCGCCCAUUGCGCCCAAUAUCAUGGGCUGUCCCCUUGUCACCGUUUCGGACCUACCAAGCCCAACGGCUGCAGGUCGUAACCUGAAGGAAUGGCUACAGGAGCAGUUCAAUAAAAAGCCUGAGGAGCAGAGUGAGGAUGCACUGCUCCAUAACGCUGCCUAUGUAGGAGACCUGGACACUCUCAGGAACCUGCUGCAGGAGGACAGCUUCAAAGAGCGGAUCAACGAGAAGUCCGUGUGGUGCUGUGGUUGGUUGCCCUGCACCCCUUUGCGAAUUGCUGCCACGGCUGGUCACGGCGCCUGCGUUGCCUAUCUGAUCGACCAGGGGGCAGAGGUGGAUCUAGUAGACGUGAAAGGUCAGACGGCCCUCUACGUAGCGGUUGUAAAUGGACACUUGGAUUGCGUGACCAUCCUCCUGGAGGCUGGAGCGGACCCAAACGGUAGCCGCCACCACCGCAGCACGCCCGUCUAUCACGCCGCGCGGGUAGGCAGGGUGGACAUACUCCAAGAGCUUAUCAGGUUCCAUGCUGAUGUGGAUGUGGACCACCAGCUUGGUGCCAGGCCCCCGUUUGGCGCCGCCCGCACACUCACCACCCUAGUGGUGUGCCCGCUGUACAUCAGCGCCGCCUAUCGCCACCUUCACUGCUUCCGUCUCCUACUGUCUGCCGGCGCCCAGGCGGACUACAACUACAAUGGGCCGGUGAGCCGUGAGGCGCUGUGCAAGGGUCUGGCCUCCUGCCUGCUGGACGCUGUGCUGAGACACGGCUGCGCGCCAGCUUUCGUCAGCCUUCUGCUUGACCAUGGCGCCGAACCCAGCUUGGUAUCCUGGGAGGAGCCUCACUCAGAGGGGGCAGCCGCCGCGGGACGGGGGAUGGUUGACCCCGAAGCCCUGCAACUAUACUUAGAGGCCCGGAGAUGUCCUCGUAGACUGGCUCAUCAAUGUCGGAUCAGUAUAAGAAAAGUGUUGGGGAAGCAUCGGCUAAAACACAUCCCUUCUCUGCCUCUCCCGGACCCAAUUAAGAACUUCUUGCUUCACCAGAACUGACUGUGGGAGUCUUUGUCUGUCUUUGAUUACUGUAACACAACUGGGCUAUGACAUAUGAGUGUAAAACAUACCUGUUGUUCAUUUCCAAGUCCUUCUCCCUAAAGAGUUGCCUCCCAUCACUCCCCUAAGACUUGAGAAGGAUUGUACUCUCAUUAGAAUGGUGUAAAAUCCCUUCAAGCUCAUGCUCAUCAGUCCAUUGCUUUAAAGCAGAAGCGACAAGCUGAGCCUCUUUGUAUCCUGUGUUACUGCUGCCGCUAUAAGCACAAUUCUACUGGAAAUGCACUAAAUUCUAUUUGAUUUUACACUGAGUGAAAAUCUGAUGCUUUUACCUUAGCAGAUAGUGAAGAGAGGGAACAGGACACUCCAUUUGAAUGGGAAAUACUGGAUGUGAAUGUCCCCUGUGCACUGUGUAUCUGAGAACUGGUUUACUGCUUGUUAGCUCCGAUGUGGCCCCUAGCGUCCUCUGGCCCCCUCUGUGAGUCUCGCCUCUUGCCUUCCUUGGAAACUUCCCAUAUUAAUGUGCAAUAUAUCCAGUGAUAUUUAUUAUGUAUAAUCCCUCUCAAGAGCAGAGCUGACUGUACGAUCUGCAACGACAUAUUUAAAUUGUUGCACUUUCUUCUUGUCAUCUGUUGUUUAGCAGAACACAAUAAGUGCCACUAUUUCUCUCUUUCACUUGCUUUCAAAUUAUUUGUAAGUAAAACAUUAAGUACUA